UAAUACAAAAAAAAUUCUUUAUUUCCUCAAAAUAACGUGGUGUGAGAUUUUAUGCAAUUCAAAAUAUGAUUUGUAGUCGUUACUAACUCCUAUUUUCAAUUCUCCUACAUAUACCAUAUACCCCCUCCCUUUCCCUAAUACACUGUGAUACCCAUUGCAAGGGGUGGUGAGGAAAAGUGAACUCGUCCUGGACCUGUAUAAGCUACUUCCCGUAUCUCACUGGUGAGCCGUUCCCAGACACUUGGUCUACCACACAGAUCCUUCGUGAUUACACUACAUUUCAUCAGACAAGGCUGUUCAGGUAUGAGUGAUGGAAGAAAGAUGCCGAUGUGUGUUUUCUGCAAUGAAGCCACUGGCAUGGAUCAGGGUGCAAUGGGUCAAAAGGGAUUGGACAAAGUCUUAGCAAUCAGCAGUGAAAUAAAGGAUGGGUUAGACCAGUUUUUAGUAAACAGAGCACUACCAAUUCCUAUACACAAGAGAUGUAGACAGAAUUAUCUCUUGCCUAAAAAUGUAAAAAAAAAGGAAGAGAGAAUCAGAUAACUCUGGUAAAAGAUCAGAGUACAAGGCACCAAUUCGCAGGUCCCAGACAGACGAUUUCGACCUACGAAACCAGUGUGUAUAUUGUGGAAAGUGUAUUGACUAUUCUAUGAUAAGCAAACAACCUCUUAAGAGACGUGAUAAAAUACAUGAAUCGAAAACUAAAGACUUUAUCCACUCAUUACAAGAGAAAUGCAUAGAACGCUCUGAUAAAUGGGGCAAUGAAGUACAUGUGCGUAUUCAAAACAUUGGAGAUACAGUUGCUGCUGAUGUAAAAUAUCACCAUGACUGUCAGGUAAGUUUUCACAAGGGUAGGGAAUCUGUGCAAAAUCCCACAAAUAGGCCUAAAGGUCGUCCUAUAGGGUCAGUUGAUGAAAAGAAAAAUGUAGGAUUUUACAAACUUUGUGAGCUCUUAGAUAACAAUGAUGACCACCAAUACACUUUGACAGAAUUAGAGGGUCUUUUGAAGGAUUGUUCUGGAUAUGGUGAAGUGUACACUGCAAGACAACUAAAGUCUAAACUACAAGAUAGGUAUAAAGAUGAAAUGAAUAUUACGUGCGAGCAAGGUAAAGAGACAAUUUAUACAUUUCUGAAUGAGAGCAAUAAUAUACUGAGACAACAUUACAGUAAUACUGGACUAACACCUGAAGAAAGUGUCGACAUGGCUGGAGUUCUCAUAGAAGAUGAAAUAAGGACAACCAUAUAUGAUAAAUCCCAGUAUCCAAAAUUUUUGGAGAUGAGCAACUAUGAGAAGAUGGAAGAACGUGUUUCUCAACUUCUAUUAAGGUUACUUAGUCAUCUCAUCAAGGACAGACGCCGUAGGAUUGCAAUAUCACACAGUAUAACAUCAGCUGCACGUCCCAGAUCAUUUCUCUCUCCAAUUCUCUUAGGAGUAUCAGUGUACUGUAAUGCUAAAUUCGAGUCUCGUGAAUUAGUUCAUUUACUUAGCAGUCUAGCAUUUGCAGAUGAUUACCAAGAAGUAUUACGCCUCUACAGUGCAAUGCUGCCUGCAGGAGAGAAAAUGUAUGAAUGGGUUGACAAAUUUGUGAAUUUUGUAUUUGACAAUGCAGACAUUGACACUCAUACACUGACUGGACUUGGAACAUGGCAUGUUUUGGGAGGUAUCGCAGGUGUAACGCCAGCUGGAGAGAUUGUGGAAGAAAACUUGCCUCGUUCAACACAAGUUCAGUCCGUUGUAGAUGCUGGUAGAUUUGCACAAUUGCCCACCAAAAAAUACAAAAAACCACAAGUACCAGGUCUCAGAAAUGUAUUAAUCAAACCACUAGAACCUUUCAGUACCAACCAUUCCUUCUUGAGAUUAGGUAUAAUCUUAGACAAUAUCUGGCUGGCCAGCUUCCAUGUAACACAGACUGCACGGUGCCCAUUAUGGAGUGGUUUCAAUCAAACCCUCAUGAAGCAAAUCCACUAUGAUGUAAGCAGAAUAGAUAUUCUGCCAUUCAUUAAUAACAGUCCAAAUCAUCCAGACACCCUUUACUCUGCCCUCUGCUAUGCCCAGGAUGUGUCGGAAAAGUACAGGCUGGGUAUUAUCCCUGUCACAUUUGAUCAGCCACUAUACCAGAAAGCAGUUGAAAUAGUACAAGCAUCUCCAGACCUUACCAAAGUUAUAGUGAGAUUAGGUGGCUUCCAUCUUUUAAUGUCAUAUAUGGGUGCAAUUGGACAUAUAAUGGCAGGGAGUGGGCUGUCUGAUCUAUGGGAGACUGUCUAUGGAAUCAACACAGUGAAGCACAUGCUGACUGGGCAUGCUUAUGCUCGUGCACUCCGAGCUCACAUGCUGACAGCCUCUUCUCUUGUUGGGAAGAUGCUUCAUACAUCAACUGCUUGUAACACUCAACUUGGAUCAUCUUAGAGUUGUCCAUGAAAAGCUGCUUGAUGGGAAAUAUGAGGUUGGGACUCUUCAACAGGACUCCUCUGUGGCUCAUCUAACAAAUGUACUAGAUGAUCUAGAACAUAACCUGACUACAAACUCAAGAACAGGAAAACUGUGGAUUGAAUAUGUCAAGAUGAUAUGUCUAAUGCUCUUGUUUCUACGCGCUGAGCGUACUGGUAAUUGGGAAAAGCAUCUAUUUUGUGUCAAUGCAAUGAUCCCCAUCUUCCAUUCUGGUGGACACCUAGCAUAUGCAAAGUCUGCCCGUCUCUACCACACACAGAUGAAAGAGCUCCCCACCAUCAUGGACAAGGAUCAGUAUGUUGCAUAUACAGAAUCUGGAUACUGGACAAUACGCCGGAGUGACCGAUUCUGGUCUGGGAAUUUUACUGACCAGACCAUAGAACAAGUUUUAAUGCGGAUGUUGAAGACUCGUGGAGGUUUGAAGCAUGGCUGUGGCAUCACAAGCAGCACUCAGGCAAGAUUGAUUCAUGUCCUGCCAAAGACUAUUCCAAUAUGUGAGGUAGUUGAAGAUUUUUGUGGAAUUUAUUCUCAGACAAGUGAUCAACACACUGACAUGAGAGCCUCCAUGACUGAACGUGACAGGAAACACUAUAUCCUUUUUCGGAAUUGGUUUGAUGACCACUCGCCAUUCUCAUACACAGGUGAGCACAGUGAAAAUCUUAUCUCGCUUGCAACUGGUAUCGUGGCACCAACAUCUGCCAAUGCUGAGUGUGCCUUUGAGAUGGGAAGGAAAUCAGCUGAAAGUGUGACAGGUAAGAAUUUUGCAGAUGUUAAACUCAAAAGAAAUGAUCGAGUUACAUCAAUAGGAGCAGCCACCA